AGAGAGGCCCAAUUAAUGUAAUUACUAUUCCCCAACACAUCUAUAAAUUCAGGCAGCCUGCACUGCACCUCUUUCACUUUGCUUGCAUGUUUCUUCUUCAUCGACCCCUUGAGAGGAUUAAGCGUACGUACGUACGUAGAUUGCAAAAUUAAGGACCAUCAGAAGGAAGGGGAAUAGUAGUAGUCAAUAGGGAUCCAUUAUGAUUGGGUGGGGAGAUGUGUACAAAGUGGUGGCCUGUAUGGCGCCGCUGUACGUGGCACUGGCAUUGGGUUAUGGGUCAGUGAAAUGGUGGCGGAUGUUCAAACCUGACCAAUGCGACGCCAUCAACCGCUUCAAUUGCUAUUUCAUCAUCCCUUUCUUCACCUUCCAUUUCACCGCCGGUGUCGACCCCUACCACAUGAAUUAUCGAUUCCUGGCCGCUGAUGUCAUAGCUAAAGCAAUUGCGGGUUCCGUAUUAGCCCUGUGGGCUAAUUUGUGCAGAAAAGGGGACUUGUCAUGGGCAAUAACCUCAUUCUCUCUCUCCAGCCUCAACAACACUCUGGUGGUGGGGGUGCCCUUAUUAGAGGCCAUGUACGGUCCUGUGGGCCAGGAUUUGGUGGUCCAAUCCUCCGUCCUUCAGUCUCUACUCUGGUUUCCUAUUCUCUUAUUCCUGCUCCAGUUCUGGCGCACCAGUCGCUUGAUUUAUAACAAUGCUGCUGCUGCUGCUGCUAAUACUAAUAAUUCCACCAACACUAGUAUUCAUAACUACGGUCCCACCUCCACGCAAAAUUGUUCCAAUAUCGAAAUAGUUGUGCAGCAGCAGGGAGCAACGCCAGAUGCUACUAAUUAUAGUGACCAUCAGCUACUACAACAGGUGCCCCCCAAAGAUCCAAAUUACAACAGUAAUACUCCUCCUGCUCCUGUUAUUAAUGUUAUUGGUACGACAACAAAGGAGAGUGGAAAAUCUGCAUCUUCAAAUAAUCUGGGACCAACCAUGAAGAAAGUUUGUGCAAAACUUGGGAAGAAUCCCAACUGUUAUGCUUGUGCCAUUGGCCUCAUUUGGGCACUAUUAGCAAAGAGGUGGGAUUUUGAAAUGCCAAGCAUAGUGGACGGAUCGGUUAUGAUAAUGGCCAAAGCAGGAAGUGGGGUAGCCAUGUUCACUAUGGGUUUAUUCAUGGCACUACAAGAGAAGGUGAUAGCCUGUGGGGUGAGGUUGACCGUAUAUGGUAUGUUUCUGAGGUUCGUGAGCGGACCACUUACUGUGGCUGUUGGCUCUCUGGCUUUGGGACUGCGAUCCAAUGUCCUCCGAAUCGCUGUUAUCCAGGCCGCUCUACCACAAGCAAUAGCCUCCUUCGUCUUUGCUCAAGAGUAUGGCUUACAUGCAAACGUGCUCAGCACUGCGGUCAUUUUCGGCACCAUUAUAUCCCUUCCUCUCUUGAUUGCAUACUAUGUUGUUUUAGAUGUCGUCCAUUAGCUAGCUAUAUUGAGAUAUAGCUAGCUAGUUAGUUAAGAAAAGUCUCUAACCAAAUAGGAUUAAUUAAAU